GCCGUUUAGAUCGGUUCUGUUUGGCGACACGCGCACUGAAGAAUUCUUCGCUACGAGAAGAAGACGUGAGGAGAAGAAGGAGAAUAGCGCCAUUUGAGAAGCAAGGAGAAUUGCGAAAAAGAAUCGAAUCGGUUUCCCCAAACAGCAGCCUGAUACGCUGAGUGUUUCGCGAGCCGCAUUUAAAUAAAUUAUACACGUCGUAAAACCCUAAUUAAAGAGACUGACAACCGGAGCGAGACUCUGCUUAAAAAUACUCCAGAUUGUGAUACUAAUUACCUUAAAUUGUGUGUGUGAUAAAUUGCUGUAAUAAUCAAACAAAUCCCGAGAACAAAACAAACAGAAAAUUACAAAUCAAGAAAUAUGCAGGACUAUUGGCACAUUCCACGCGCCUCGCUGGCCUCCUCCUCGAGCUCGGCCAUCAGUUCGGCCAGCUCCUCAAAGUCCUCGAACAAAUCGCACUCGAAUCCGCCCACCCUCAACCAGCGCAGUUCGCCCAGCAACAGUAGCCAUAUGAAUAACAACAAUAAUACAAGUGCUGCUGUUACGGCGGCGGCGGCGGCUGCGGUUCUGGCGGCCGCCAAGCGGGGAUCGAGGAGUUCGCAGGGCUCCAGCGACAGCAACAACAGCACACGGAGCGCUGCUUCCGGCUCACUGCUGCUAACGGCAGCGAAUCUGGAACGCUUCGCGGAGAUCCACAAGAAGCAGGAGCGCCACAACAAGAUGCUGAUGCCGCCCAGCAAUCCCUCGGCGUCCAACUACAAUGCCAACCUGACGCUGGCAACGAGCGGCAACAGGGAUGCGGUAAUCGCCAUCGAGGGCCAGCAGCAGCCGGCGACCGAGGUGGAUCCCAAUUUGCAGUAUGUGAAAACCAAAGACCUGGACACCGUGUCCAUCGCUAGCUCCAUGCACUUUACGAUGGUCAACGGAGAGGGCGGUCCGCCCAAGAAACCGAAGCGCGGCCUCUGCGAUCGGGGACGCCAGGUCACCGUGUUGAUAGUGAGCAUGAGCACCAUCUUUAUGCUGCUCAUCAUGGGCAUGGUCUAUGCGCUGGAGAUGCGCGCCCGCGACAUGCCCAAGAGCUAGGAUCGAAUACCUCUGCCUAGCCAAUUAGUUUAUUAUUUAUUGUAUUGUCUUUGUCCCCCCAUUAUUAUUAUUAUUAUUAUUAUUAAUAUUGUUAUCGUGUCGUCUUGGCGCUAGUUGUGUAAGCUAUUUAUUUAACGAUUGUUUGGAUGGAGAGUCGAGUCAGUCGAAGCUGGGAAAUUUCAUUAGUAUUAAGCGCGCUAUGCUAUGGAGACAGAGAAACAUACAAGGAACUAGAUCUGGAGCGGAUCGGAUCGGAUAAUGCUGUACUUUCUGGUUAGCAAUUAAGUUAUUUAUCCCUGUGAUAUGUUUAAUAAAGUGAAUUUUAUAAUU